AUGUUUUCUCUGCUUUUUAUUAGAUAUAUCCUUCCGGGCCGACAUUUAAUCGACACAGGGAAAGGUGAACUCAGUAAGAAGCCAGAACACUUUUACUAUCUGACAUGCAACCCUCAUGAUGAUUGUCCAGAGAAAAUGAUAAAAGUUUUCGGAAAUGAAUUCGAGAAGAAGUCAUUUAUCAUCAGAAGAGACCUUUACGUUGCAUAUAUAACACGAGAUGAAGCAAGAAAUGCUCUUCGCGCCGGAAUUAAAAUUCAGAAAUUACCGAAACGUGAUAAAUUAACAUACAAACACAUUUUAAAUACAACAAAUCAGUAUAUCGCACUCAUUGCACCAGGAUGCAAGGUUCCUUACCGUCACGGAUAUAUUGGAGAUAAAGGUUUGAUUUUUGAAAGCAAUGAAUCAGUCAGUGACGUGCUUACCAAAGUCUCAAAGAUACCAUGCGUCAGAAUGGUUGAACAAUUACCUCCAACUCACUUAAAUACUCGUUUUAAUCGAAACCUUGCGCAAUAUCCGAAACAAGACUGGGGCAACAAAACACUUUUCAAGUACAGUACAGUAAACAAGUUUUCAGACAAAGGACUUGGAGGCCACGGCCAAAUUGUUUCAAUUUCUGAUACAGGCUUAGACGCUCAACUCUGCUGGUUCAAGGAUCCAGAUCAAGAUGUACCAACAGAAUCAUUCAAUGCUAUGGACCAUCGUAAAAUUCUUACUUAUUUCAGAUACGCAGAUGAUAAAGACGGCCGCCAUGGCCAUGGCACGUUUAUUGCAGGCAUUAUAGCAGGCCAAGCUGUUUGCCCGGACGAUGACGAUGAUGAUCUUUGCCCAGGAACAAUUUAUGAUGGCGUAGCUCCUUAUACAAGAAUUAUUGUUAAUGAUUUAUUCAGAGAAGGCUCAGAUCUUAUCCACUGGCCAGGUAAUGGUACUGAUGUUUUCCUUUACCCUCGAUAUAUGAGCAGCGCCGUUCAAUAUCAUGCAUUUGAUUUCCAAAGUGGCUCAAUUAUCAGUUUUGCCAUCGAUUGGAUCCAGUAUUACAUGCCACAGAUGCUUCUUCUGUUCUCCGCUGGUGAUCAUGGCCGCAUUCAAGGCAGCAAAAUCCCAUCUCCUGGAGAUUGUAAAAAUGUCUUGACAGUUGGAGCACUCUACCCAGAGGAAUUCGGUAUGAACCAAUACGAUGAAUCAUCCCCUGUAUACGUUAUUUAUAAUAAUAACACGUAUUUGGGUUAUUGCGAUCCAGCACAUGGAACAACAGUCAUGGACUUAACUUCGAGGCAUGAUUACUUACCAGAAGGAUUAACAUUCCCUAUUGGUGAAAGCGAAAAAGAGGUUUUCAUUGCCAAAGAAGAAACAGAUAUCUCAUCUAAAGAAUUAUGUGCGGCAGUCAUAGUUUUCGGUACGACAAAGCUUACAGGAAAAAUCAAGAGACCAGUUAUAAGGCUUCCAACUUCAGCAGAAGUUGAUUUCAACACUGAUGGAGAUAUCAAAUUUGAUUUUUACUACGGAGCCGACGAAAGGCACCUCAAAUUCGGUAUCAGUAACCUUCACGAUACAACUAUAAGAGGUCCAGUUUCUCUUGCGAGGUACAAACCAGAAGUUGUGAUGCCAGGAGGCCCUGUUUGGGGUCCAGAUGCCGGAAAUAGAGAAGGAGAAACAUGUGGAAAUGACGGCGUUAGGCUUGGCGAAGGUACUUCUGUUGCUGCUGCAUUUGCUGCAGGAGAUAUGAUGAUUAUCAGACAGUAUCUCAAACACGGAUGGUACCCACGAGGUGAAAAGAAUAAAGACGAAGUUAUUAAGUCCUCAAAUCACAUGCUUCGCUGCAUCAUGGCCGGAAUUUCGGAUCCGGUCAAAGGACACCCAGACGGAGUCGGUUUUGGCCGGCCACGGCUUGAACGUUUUAUCAUCCUUCCUCAAGAUUACAACCAUACUAAGGGCCAAUUGUACGGAUACAGGUUAUUCCGAAAGACAACAAACAAAGGAACGGCCUACGAGCAAUUCGACUUCACCCCACAGGAAGAUGGUGAAAUGAAUGUUACAAUGGCUUGGAAUGAUCCACCUCACGACCCUUGGGCUCCAUCAGAUGUUUUAUUCAGGCUUGAUUUAAGAGUAGAGGAUUCAGAAGGUUCCCCUGUAAGAGUAGGAAACAGAAAGGCCGAAGAAUUCGCUGCUUUCGAUGCCCAUAACACUUGUAAGAGAAUUGAUAUCAAAUGCAAGAAAGGAGUCACUUACCAUGUAUUCGUUUUAAUCCAUGAUAUCGUUUACUAUAACCGUGUAAACUAUACGUUACUUAUUACGGCUCCAUUUGAUCAUUUCGAUGAUAAUCAGGCUCCAAAGCAAAUUGCCCAGCCAACAUUACAACCAAGAUGCCCUAAUACAUGCGAAGGUUCCGGAACAUGCGAAAAUGGCUUUUGCGUCUGUCCGGAAGAUAGAUUUGGUGAUAUGUGCCAAUCCGAACUCCGAAAAGUUGAUGAAGACGAGAGAAUCGAAGAAGAUCCAUUCCAGCAAUACGAAUGGAGUAUGUACGAGUUCACAGUUUCGAAAUGGGGACCACAAAACAAAUUGGUCAUUGAAUUGACACAUACUCCUGAUGCAAACGUAUUCUGGAUGUUUUCUAUCAACGAACCACCAACAUGGCAUCAUACACAACAAAGCAAAUUCCAUCAUGAUUUCGUAAUCUUAGAAAACUCAAAGAUUAUUCUGGAUUAUCCUCAUUGGGACUUCUUAGAGACUGGUGAUAGGAUUAUUUUUGCUGUUUAUUCCUUGGAUCCAAAAGAUAUCGCUUAUCAAAUUAAAUUCUCGGAACUUUCUGUGACACAGCAACAACCCCAACAACCAGCUCAGCCUCAAGAGUAA